UGAAGCUGGUCACCGAAGCCCAAAGAAGAAGGAGGAGCGCUGUCAUGGCGGCCAAGGUGGUGAUGGUGGCCGUCCCGGCGGUGCUGGGAAUAGCCUCCAUCCGUGUGUACACUGUGAGUGAAGCCCCCGCUGAUGGUCUGGUCACUCGAGAAAAGCUGAACGUCUACACCCCCCUGUUACCGUCCGCUGAGGUUCAGUUUGUUCCUAGGAGCCCGGGCGUUAUCGAGAGUGGGCUAACAGCAGCCAGAGAGACCAUACUGCCAUUUGCCCUGGCUGUAAAGGGUGCCUGUGUUUCUGUGAAAAGACAAAGUGUUAAUCUAUAUCAUUCAGGACAAGAUGUAUUCUAUUACCUGAAAGACCCUCCCCCAGGUUUUCUACCCAGAUUUGGCACCAUCACUAUGGCUGGCCUGCUUGGCAUGUUCUUGGCGCGGAAAGGCUCUCGUGUCAAGAGGGUGGCUGUUCCACUGGGCUUGAUGAGCGCUGGAGUGUCAGUGUGUUACCCAGCCCAAGCAGUGGCUGUAGUUAAGGUGACGGGUAGGAAGGUUUACGCUGCAGGGCAGUGGAGCAGUGCUGCUGUGUCUUCACUGCUCACCCCAAAGCCUCAGGAGCCUGUCGCCAAAGAGAUCAGUGCUUCACAGCCAGAGUCUGCCACAGUGUCCAGUCCAGAGUCUGCAGCGGUCGAAGCUUUGGAGGUCAGCUCCACCACAGACAUCAGCUCAUCCCAAAGUGCCACGAUACCAGAAACAGAGGUGGAAUCAGCAGAGUCUGUUCCUUCCUCUGAUGAACCCAUUGCUGCUGACAUAACAAAAGAGGCAUCAUCUGUAACACUAACAGAGAUCUCCCCCGACCAGGCCCCGACAGAGACAAACACAGAUGCUGUGGUACAUUUAGUGCCGGCAGAAACAGAAGCCGCUCCUCCCUCCGAGGAACUACCCGCCUCUGUUGAAAACGAAGCGCCAUCAAAUACAAAACAAGCCCCAGAUGAGGUCUCAAAUGAAGCAAGCCCAGCUGAGUCCACGGGGAGCAUAGAGCCAGAGAUGGUAGAAGCUGCCACUGUCCAGUCUGCAGAGGGCGAGGUUGCUCCUUCCUCUGAAGAACUACUCGCCCCUGUUGAAAGCAAAGAGCCAUCGGACACAGAACAAGCACCAGAUGAGGUCUCAAAUGAAGCAAGCCCAGCCGAGUCCACGGCGAGCGUAGAACCAGAGAGUGUAGAAGCUGCCCCUGCCCAGUCUGCAGAGGGCGACGUUGCUCCUUCUGAAGAACUACUCGCCCCUGUUGAAAGCAAAGAGCCAUUGGACACAGAACAAGCACCAGAGGAGGUCUCAAAUGAAGCAAGCCCAGCCGAGUCCACGGCGAGCGUAGAACCAGAGAGUGUAGAAGCUGCCCCUGUCCAGUCUGCUGAGGUUGAGGCUGAUCCUUCCACUGAGGAACCACCUUUAGAUGAGCCAGCAGAGCCAGUCAUUGAAUCAGCUGAGCCUGAGUCCACAGCUCAACCAGAGGUAGCCGACCAGUUUGCAGCUGCUGCUGUGGAGGAGACCCCCCCUCCUCCUGAGCAGCCUGCAGCAGAACCAAGCAAAGGGGGCUCUGGUUUCAAUCCAGACCCGUCUCUGAUGGACUUCGGCCAAUCCAACCCUGAGGAUGAAGACCUGUACAGCACACGCAGCUGAGACACCAGUGUUGGCCUCAGGAGAAAACCUCAUUCCCACACUGCCGUCUCAAGCGGACUGACAAACACUCUGUAACAUUAUGCAGCGUAAAUUGGCCUUUUGCAAGCGAGCAUACUAAGGGAAGUUUUUCAUCAAUAUUUCCAUCCUCCGUUUUUCUGCCUACAUCGUUUAUAUUUCCACAGAAAACAGCCAAGUACAUUUGCAUUGCAAAUAGAAGCGAGCCGUGGCAGCGGGUUUAUAUUGAAGGACCGAAACCUGGAAAAAAUGUACACCCACAACUAUUUACAAGUCUUUUAGUUCACAGAUGGCAGAAUGAGAACAUUUCUCUGUGUUUGUGUCUCUAACUAUAACUUGCUUUUUGUGCUGCAGCUUCUACAGUCACGAGUGCAUGGUGCUUUUAUUUAUUGUAAUUUAGCCCACAGCAUUGGUUUGCUGGAAUCACUGCACGUCUGAUGGUAUCAUUUACGAGAUGGACUGAUGCUGUUCUGUUUUGUUGAAUCAAACUUCGUCUUCACUUGUUAAUUAUAAGAAGUCAAAAUAAAUCUAUAUUUUCGGGGAUUUUUGUUGUCUUGUGAAUUGUGGGACCAUACACAGAGUGUCUCUCUAUACAGAUCCACAGGUGGACUCCAGACACAUCUCAAAGAUAAAUAAAGCAAAGAGGAUGCAACUGACUACAGUCUGGAGGGCCACAGCAAGGGUCUGAAUAUUCCACUUUAAGAAUGAUAACUAUAAGAUAUUGUGAAAAAUAUUAAAUAAUACAAAUGAAUCCAAUGAUGUUCAUGCAAAAUGUCCAAUUGAAAGAUUCCUAGGGAGAAACAGAUUUUCAAACAUUGCACAUCCUAGCUGAAGGUCUAUCUCAUAUCCCGACUGACAGCUGAAACUUUAAAUCCUCCAGAAAUAUUGAACAGCCCUGUAGUGAGCUGUGCUCCAACUGUCAAUGCUCUAUUUUAUUAAAUUGGGAAAAAAAGUAUGUUGUUGACUUUGUAUAGGACUCUCAUCCAUACAUUCUCCUUUCACACGCUUAUGUUUUCACUCUAGCAUUCUUAACACUUGAGUUAAGUAUGUACAUAUUUGACAUGUGAAAGUACUUUACACUCAUAUGUACAUGUGUGAGAGUGUCUGAAUGUGUAAGGCCAUGAUAAUAUCACACACGCAUGUACAAAUGUGACGUGGUUCCCAGAGGAUGAAUCCAGAUGGGUUUUUUUUAACUCAAUUUUCAUUUAUUGUGAGAAUUCAUGUCAACACCAUCUGAUCCAGAUUUUGUAAAUACGUUGGUUAUCCUCAGCUGUUAUUAGAUUUUUUGUGCUAGUGUUACCAUGGUGAUGCACUACACUGAUGUUAGCACUACAUCUGCUACCCAUCAGCAUGUUCACAUUGUGAGCAUGUGCUGUCAUAAGUAUUUAUAUAAACGGAUUGUUGUGCUCACAGAUUCACUGAGCAUUGACUCAGGUCAGUCUACAGUUCACCUUUUUCAUUUGAGCCAAAGCAUAAAUGUACUGAUUUAAAUAAGAACUGCAUUGUUCAAUAGAGGAAAUAAAUGAUGGUCAAAUCAA